UGGGAAAGGAGGAUGGGACCUGUUGUUUGAGGACCUGACCCCAAACUGUCCUCCCACCCACUCCCACCAGUGUUGGUCUUGGUCGAGUUAGAGGUGGGGGUGGGGGCAGUCUGGAGUCUGAUCUCCCGACGGGGGCGGGAUCUCCACCCGCAGAGAUGCGGGAGGCGGGCAGCAACAGGAACCAGACACCUACGAUGAAUAAAUGAUGCCCACUCGCAGCCUGCGACCAGAUCGCCACCGCCGAGCGCCGGCUGCCCAGGGAGCAGUCACCAGGCCAACGCGGCCCGGCCAGUAUCCCUCGGCUCCCCCGACCUGUGGCCGAGCCCGAGCGGCGCUGCGGGCACGAAGAUGGCGGGGCAGCUCUGGGCGCUGGGCGGCGCCGCGCUGGGGGUCUGCCUCACGGCGGUCGCCGGGCAGCUGGUGGAGCCCAGCACAGCUCCGCCCAAGCCCAAGCCACCCCCACUGACCAAGGAGACGGUGGUGUUCUGGGACAUGCGCCUGUGGCACGUGGUUGGCAUCUUCUCGCUCUUCGUGUUGUCCAUCAUUAUCACUCUUUGCUGUGUCUUCAACUGCCGUGUGCCACGGACCCGGAAGGAGAUUGAAGCCCGGUACCUGCAGCGAAAGGCAGCCAAGAUGUACACAGACAAACUGGAGACUGUGCCACCCCUCAACGAGCUCACGGAAGUCCCCGGAGAGGAUAAGAAGAAGAAGAAGAAAGACAGUGUGGAUACAGUGGCCAUCAAGGUAGAGGAGGAUGAGAAGAAUGAGGCCAAGAAGAAGAAAGGAGAGAAAUGAGAGAUUCCUCAUUUCUGGAAGCUCUGGAAGCUGGCCGGCCCUGGGGCUCAUAGUCCUGGCCAGGGUCCAGACAUCUUAGACUCUAAGCUCAUACAUGGACCAGAGGUGGCAGAACAUCCUCUCCCUGCUCAGAGUGGGUUGCUGAGGCCCAGGACAGGGUCCUAGGACCUAUCCGGGCAGAGACAAGACUACAUCAGGUAUGCUGCCCCCCAGCCUGGACUCCACUCCUUCCACCCAUCCAUGUGGCCACUCCGCAGAGGUAGUCUUGGGCCACUGUCCCUCUGUAGAUCCAAAGUGGAUCCUGUACUCACCCAAAUGUGCCUCUGGCCCUCCUCUGCCAGGAACAGCAGUGGCUAAAGGGGCAGUGGGAUGAGGGUUUCGUUCUGGAAGGGGAAGGCUGACACGGACGGGCUAGAUAUAAGGUCAUACCGGGCUGGCCACAGAGAGGGAGAGGGUCGCUGGGGGACAGCUGUGGAUAGCAACCCUGGUGGUGAGGGGACUGCCCCAAGCCUGGAAAGGGUUCUGGCCCAGGGCGGUGAGCAGAGGGUGACCAGAAGCAGAACCCCCAGCCCAAAAGAUACCAAGCUCCAGGUAGUAGAUGCACUUAUCUUACACGUUGCUAUACAGCUGAGGCUGCUGGGGGGCCUAGCACGAGGCCCGGGGGCUCAGGGCUGGGGGCUGCAGGGGUGGGUCAGGGUGCAGAAGGCUGAGGCCAGUAUGCUAGAGGGAGAAGGGAAGAAAGCUGGCACCUGGGCCCCAUCUUGGGAAUCCAGGGAAUAUUUGAAAAGCCAAGGGAGACCUUGGGCUGUUCUGGUGGCCCUUUCUAUGCUCAACUGUGGUGGGAGGUGUCAGGGCCCCAGGAGGUCACCGCUGCAGGCAGUGAGAGAUUGAGGCAGCAAAUAGCCUUCCAUCUGCUGAAUAUAACAGCACGCAGCUUCCUCUUCUACUCUCAACUCCAGUGCCUAAAAGACGCACUGCUGCCCAGAAGGUGAAGGCCCAAAUGCCACCUGGGGACUGAAUCCUUGGGGAGGGGAGAUACAGAGAGGGGUUUCUAGAUGGCAGUGAACAUCAGCUGAGGAACUCAGACCUGGGCCUGGAGACACCAGAGGUUUCCAAGCCAGGUGGAGCUGCUGGUAACGCUCACACUGCCUCUGCAGCCUGCAGAGAUUCGUAAAUAAAGCUGAGUGACUGGAGAUGAGCCCUCAGAUGCGCCAUCCCUGGAGCAUUUAUGUGGAGGGUGAUGCAUUGAUCAGUGAUAGGGACGUUCCCUCCCCUGACUUUUCUCCCAGCCUGAAUUCAGAUGAGCUGGAGGGAGAAAUGGUGGCCAAGAGGCAGAGGGUCAGCCGCAGCCAGCGGGGCCCGGCCCUAAGGCAAGGCAUCAGGACCGGGGAGGAAGCUGCCUGCUCUCCACUUGCCUCUGCUCCAUCCCGUGGGUUUCAAUAGGCAGGUGCUUGGGACACAGAGGAGUCAAACCUGGAUCCUGAUCUGGACCCAGAUCAUUAUUACACAAGGAGAAGGACCCAAGCUGAUAAAGGGGAAGGAGCACCAGGUCUUAGAGCCAUCAGUGGGCAGAGAAAUUACAGAAGGCCCUGAUAUGGAAGCUGAGUACUCACCGUCAGUAGGUAGGAACCCUGACUCUGCCCUCAGGGACAAGCCAAUGGGCUUCUCAUACAUAUAUGGUUGUGGCAAAGAUCAUUCUACCCACACAGGGCAGAGCCUUCCUGUUGGCUGGGCAGGAGAAGCCCAGAGGAGCAGGGGCCACUUGAAGUCAAACAGCAGCUGGUAAAGUCUGGGAGAAGUCCAGGCCCGAGCUCCAUCUGUCCUGCCAGCUGCCUCUCUGACCUCUUACCUGGGCCUCCACUAGCCCUUUAUGGACAGGCAUGUCUGCUGAUGGUAGGGAUAAUGUCUGAUCCCAGUGGGCAUCUGCCCCUGUCUCCAGCAGGAGGCUGGGCUAGAAGGUCAAGGUCCAUUGCAGUGUUUCAGGGCAAUGACAGGAUGUGUUCUAGCCACUGGCAAGGAGACGGGCCAAAGUCAAGGAGACCAUACUCACCUCCCUGGCGCAGACAGAGCUGCACGCUCACCCCCAGCCUCAUGCUGUGUCCUGGCAGCCCCAGCUUCAGCCUGGGCAGUACAUUCUAGGCCCUCCAUCAUCUGACCCCAAUAUCAUCCCUACACACUCCCUCCACCUUCUGCCGGAGCCACCCUGGACCUUUGGAGGCAGAUCCUGGGACUCUACACUUUUCAGUAUAAACUUCCUGAGUCACCCAUCCUAGCCAUCCAGUUCUCUCAUCUCCCACUUGAGCAGGACCAGGGAACGAGGGGCCGCCGAGGCCCAGGAAGGAGGAGGCAUGGGGAAGAGAAGUGUUUAAUCGAGCACCUACUCUCCACCCUGCCUUGUGGGGCUGUGAGAGCUGCACCUGUGGCAGUCUGGGCACAGAGGGUGAGGAGGGGC